AUGGCGAACGAGAACCUCCGCAGAGUCGGCAGCAGGAACACAGCUCAGCAGGCCGCCAUCGUUGUUAUUGUUGUCCUCGUGCUCGCAAUGGCUACGGACGGGGACGAGCAGGAGGAAGUGAUGUCGUGUCUCGUGUCAGAGUCGGCUGAGCUCUCAGCCGCCUUCAGGUCGGGGACAUCCGUCAGCUACGCCUUCAAGGAGCCCAGCGAGCUGAACAGGAGCGCCCCGCCCUCCUCCAUCCACUCCGACACCACCCUGAGAGCCGAAAACGUCUCCCUGAGCUUCAGGACCAACCGGAGUCCGGCUCCGCUGCUCCACGUGGCCUCGGACCGCAGAGAGUACCUGACGCUGCUGCUCAACAAGCACGACAUGUUGGAGGUGAGAUACAGACUGGACGGCAGCAGAGACGCACAGAUCCUCAGGAGCAAAGUGAGGAACCUCGCCAACGGACAGCUGCACGCCGUCACCGUCAGCAGGCGGGCGGACGCCGUCUCUGUGCAGAUUGACCAGAACACCAGAGAGGAUUUCAACCUGACCUCUGAUGUAGCCUUCAACGGCCCGAGGUCGCUGGUGCUCGGCAGAGUGCAGGACUCUCGAGAGCUGGACCCGGAGCUGUCUCGGAUCGUCUCUCUGGGUUUCACCGGCUGUCUCUCGGCUGUCCUCUUUAACGCCAUCAGCCCUCUGAAAGCCGCUCUGCUGCAGCCAGACAGCAGCCCUGUCAGCGUCACCGGCCCGCUGCUCCGGUCCAACUGCGGCUCCACGUCAGCCAAUCCCCACGCAGCAGAGCCCACCCACCACCUGUCAGGCCGCUCUGGAUCGGCGGGAACGGGUCAGCCUCUGGUCGACGCCAUCAAGAGCGACUCGGCUCUAAUUGGAGGUGUGAUCGCGGUGGUGAUCUUUGUGACCGUGUCUGCGUCGGCCGUGACGGCUCGCGUCCUCUACAGGAGGAAAGGGACGAGUCGGAGCCAGGAAGUGAAAACAGUGAAGCCCGAGGACAGCCCGGAGCGGACGCUCAGGGGCCACAGCGGCUCACACGGCGGCCAGAGCAACGACCACAAGGAGUAUUUCAUUUAG